CAUAUAGCACUAGGCCUGGUAUAUAUAAAUAUAGAUAUCUAGGAGUAACUGAUCACUUUAGACAAAAGCCCCAUAUAUUUGAGCUUUGUGUAUAUUUUAAUAGGUGUGUUGAUUUGUUCGUUUAUGUACAGUAGUAGUCCUAAUACUAUAGCAUUAUGGAACUAGAACUAGGACUUGCUCUUUCAGUUUCAUCGGUCCAUUUCCCCAAUAAAAAUCUGAUCGAAUUCAAGAACCUGAUGAUCACACAAAAGCGCAGUUUUUCUGAGGCAUUUCGUGAAGACAAGACGCUUUCUUUGCUGGUAUGGAACGGCCGGCAGCCAAACGAUGAUGAAGAUGGGGAAGAGCAAGAGAGAGAGCCCUUUAGCCCUUUGGACAUCAAGAAUGAUGAGGACGACCAUGAUCAAAUAGUGGGUUGGCCACCUAUAAAAUCGUGGAGGAAGAAAUUUCUCCGUGGUGGCCGCCAGGAAAGAGCACUGGAGAGGGCUGGUGUUAGAAACUCGGUAUUUGUGAAGGUGAAGAUGGAGGGGGUCAUCAUAGGAAGAAAGAUUGAUUUAACUCUCUUUGACUCUUAUCAAGCCCUCACCAAUGCCGUGCACAACAUGUUUGCCAAGUGUAAAAAUGGUGAUGAAGAUGAUGGACCUUAUAUUCUCUCGUACCUGGACAAAGAAGGAGACUGGCUCCUAGCAGGAGAUGUCCCAUGGCAAAUAUUCGUGGAGUCUGUGCAACGCAUUGAAUUACUGAAACGAAGGAGAAAAGUUGCAUAUCUCAACAAAGUCCGUACACUGAUGGCUCAUGGAAAACAGCACAAAAUAGCAAGUGGUCUCCUUGUUCUUUUUUCUUUUUUUUUUUCUCUCUCUCUUUUUAUGCUAAAGCUGAUCUUUGCCCAGCCAACCACUGACCCAAAUGAAGCGGUUGCUGUGAACAAGAUUCUUGAUCAUUGGAACUUGCAAACCAAGUUGAAUAUGACUAGGAUUGAUCCCUGCACCAAGAAUGCUACUUGGGCACCAGACGCAGCAAAUCCCAGGAUUGCUUGUGAAUGUUCUGCCACUGUCUGCCAUAUAACUCAAUUGAAAAUUUAUGCUCUGGAUAUUUCUGGUGAACUUCCACAGCAACUUUUUCAGCUAAAAGAGCUCAUGGACUUGAAUUUGGGACUGAAUGUACUCAGUGGUUCCAUCCCAGCUGAAAUUGGUCAAUUGUCGAAGAUGCAAUGCUUAGCUGGGAAGAUUAACUUCCUUAGGGCAGCUGCACUUCAAUCAAUGACAACAGUUCCCAUAACAGAUUUGUUGCGUAAACUUAAUUAUGUUGUUGAAGCUUCAUCCUCCAUCAACUGUGGAGGCACAGAACAAGUUUCUGCAGCAGGAAUAAAAUUUGAUGAUGGUUCAGAAGCAUUAGGAGCUGCCUCCUUGUACACAAGCCCCAGCACUGAAUGGGCAGUCAGCAGCUCAGAAGCUUUCAUUGCAAACCCGAACGGACCCAAAUUUGUAGCUCAAACUCAAAGGGUUUCUCAAAUCACAGGUACAUUAGAUUCUGAGCCAUAUAAAACAGCAAGGCUGUCAGCGAGUUCAUUAAGAUAUGACGGCCUUGGACUGAAAAACGGAAAGUACAAUGUCGAGAUCCACUUUGCUGAGAUGCAAAUGGAAGAUUCUCAAUCCUGGAAAGGUCUUGGGAGACGCUUAUUCGACAUUUACGCCCAGGUACUCCAACUUUUCAUGAAAAAUAUCAAGCAACACACAACAUCUUCCAAUAGAGCAGUGGUUAAGACGUUCCAGGCAAAUGUAACAAACACGGUGAUGUACAUACAUUUGUACUGGGCAGGAAGAGGAACUUGCUGCAUCCCUUUUCAAAGCACUUAUGGUCCAAUAUUGGUUUCAGCCAUCCACGUUACUCAAGCAUCUGAUUCGAUCGGUUCUUCAAGAAGUAACAACAAACGAGUAGGAAAAAUUGCUGAGAUAGCAGCUGGAACUGGAAGUGCAUCAGGGCUGUUGAUAAUUUUGUUCCACUUUCUACAUGUAGCGGACUAA